AAACCACUGAUGGAUUGAUAUCACUUAUCUAGGGUAACCUGGGGGCAUUUCUUCAUGUGUGUUUUUCAGGUGGCUGGUCCCUGUCGAGAAACCAGACUAUCGGUCUCAUUGCAGGGAAAAUAGCCUUGGCUUUGAUUCUGGGGAUUGUCCUGGGUAUGACUUUGGGAAAUAAGCGAGGGAGGAGAACCCCAGCUCGAUCUAGGCCUUCUAGAACCACUCUGACCCCCGCUCUGACUCCCCCUCUGACUCUCACUCCGACUCUCACUCCAGCUCUCCCUCUGACUCCCUCUCUAACACUCACUCCGACUCUCACUCCAACUCCCACUCUGACUCCCCCUCUGACUCCCACUCCGACUCUCACUCUCGCUCCCACUCCGACUCCACCUCCAUCUCCAACUCCAACUGGAAGUAAAGUUGAAUGUUCACUGAAUUGGUUGGAAGUACUGGGGACAUGCUUCUCUUUUUCUGCUGGAACUGCGGACUGGAAAGAGAGCAACACGUCUUGUGAAGUGGACGGGGCUAUUCUUGCCAUGAUGACCCCCCAGCAAAUGGAAAUCCUGAAGACUCACGUGGGCAGUUUUACCUACUGGUUUGGACUGAACAAGGAAGGAGAUUCAAGCUGGAAAUGGGUUGAUAACUCAGCAUUCAACAACGAGUUCACCAUCCAUGGAACUGGGGAGUUUGCCUACUUGGAUGCCACAGGCGUUAAAAGUGAUGAAUGGCUCGUGAAAAAAAAGUGGAUUUGCUCCAGGUCACCCAAACAUUAGAUGUUUAACAUCGUUGAAGGAUGGUUCUGGAAUGGGGCAUAACAUCCGCCUCCUCUGCCCCCAGAGACAGGGUGUUUCAGGUUGCAAGGAGGCAUUGCGAAUACAACUUUUGCGUCUCCUCCCAUGUAGCAGGAGCAGUAGGAUUUCUCCCUCAGCUCUUCGCUGGGGGAGCCUAUGGUGUCUGAGAGCUUUAUUCAUUUCCCAAAUCUCCCUCUUCCCUCACCAAUAAUUCUCCCAACUUCCCCUUAGCCCCCCAUUGACGAGCCCCACAAUGCUGGAAGCGGGGAUGUAGCCAGUUGGGCAGGUUGCCAUGGCUGCCUGAAUUUCUGGCUUCAAUUCUGCAUUUCUGGUUUC